GAAACAAAUGGCCUUGUUUAUUCUGAGUUAAGAGGGUUUUUUUCCCACUGAGUUUACACUUUUUGUGUUUCCUUUCUAGUUGUGGCUGGACUCGUUUUCAAUACUGCCAAAGUCACACAAAGUAAAGGACAUACGAGUCAUUGAUUAAACGAUGACUUAUUGAUUUAAAGUUAGAUAUAAGUCGGUCUUAUCAGUUGUAUAAAAUGCAUGCUGAAAUGCAUGCUAAGCGAUGAUGAAUCUCUCAGAAUAAUUUUUCGGCACCUGUAUGAUCGUGUACUGUGAUACCUAAGAACCGUGUGUGCAGAUGCUAUACAUUUGUUAUGGCGUGGCACCCCAGUUGGCUUGGCACGGCUCUUUAAGUGUCCAACAGGAGAGAGCGUGACUAAAACCUUGUGUAGAUAACUUGGUCGCAAGACGGGCCAAAGUUUUUCCUCCUCUGUAGCGAGAGCUGCGCAGUAGGCCUGCUUCCUGUUUUAUGUCCCAUGAAAGAUUCAACAGCUGUGUUGCGCUCUCGGCGUGGGUCGUGUCCGGGAAUCGGGGCCACUUUGUGAGGAUUUUCUCGGCACGGCUGCCGUCCUGAAGUGGCGGUGCCCUCUCUGCACCCCUUUGUCGGGCUCCACCAACCAGGUGGUCGCGGCUGUGUUGGGUUACCGUGGCAACACCGAAAGCGGGCUCCCCUGCCCCUCCCUCAGGUGCACUUUAUCUGAUGACCUGAAGGAUCCUUUGCACAUACACACUCGCACUCCCACACACACACACACACAGUAGCAUCUGUUAUAGCUGACACUUGACCCCUCACACAGGCAAGGGACACAUGAACGGAGGAUUUUAGGAGGAUUAAUGUAAUCAUACAUGUAGGUUAGGUUCACUGAUUUUUGCUGCUUUUCUAACUACUGAAUGUAAAACGCUGCUUAAGCGGUCCCCUCCUCUGCAUACUUUCCUUCCCCUAGUCAGCCUCCCCUCAGGCUAUACUCUUGUCUCUUUGUAAACAAUGAAGUCUGGCUGUUGACCUUAGACCACCCCAUGCAGGUAAAAAGUCUGGAGCCUCAUCCAAGCCCUUGUUUUGUGUAAAGUCGUGCAUCAGGGGCCGUUAAAAUGGCUUAUUAACGUAUGUUAAUCGAGACGCACCAGUUGCUCGUCUGUAAUGAAUGUUCCAAGACUCGUGGAGCGAGCGGGAAGCAGAGCUGGAGCGUGUGUCAUUGAUCCGCAGCCUGGUAUCGCGCAGCUGAUGCAACCGGGAGGAAACUGGCGCUGAGGCCUUGUUGUUGUCUCUGACAGGCUGCCAUGAUGUCACCACUGCUGACCCGACAGUCCUAGCAUUCCUGCUUAUAGGGUUUUACGCAGACGUGCAGGGGAGUAUGUGGGAGAUGUAUGUGGGCGAGAUGCACAGACUUGCACACAUAUGGCCUUUGUCUAAGCGCUGAUUAGUAAUCUGGCAUGUCCACCGACACACACGCGCACACACGUAAUUAAUUCAGUCUCAUGCACAUGCACUCACUCAGACCCUCGACCAUCCUGAUAAAGAUGGCGAUGGCAGUCUCACCGGCCUCGUUAAAAUUCAACAGGUCUUCAAGUGUCUGGUACUUGAAGUCCUGGUGAAUCCUUUUUGCAUAUAUCCUCUGCUUCCAACUAAAAUGUCUGUUGUUAAAAUGGUGCGAUUAGAGAACUUUAUUAUGCACUGGUGUCAUCAUGUCUUUAUUUGCGCGCAUGCAUGCUCACAUUUCUCUGUGUGUGUGUGCGUGUGUGUGUGCGCACUUAUAGGUCAUUAUUAUAGCUUCAAAAGACUUUCCUGCUAUACACAGCUACAGCUUUCCUUUGAUCCAGUAAAGCCACUGAAGGAAAGAGAUGACAGCCUCAGUGCAGUGAAAGCUUUUAAAUGCUGUUUUUCCUGCAGGUGUUUGGAUAGCCCUUUCCCCCAGACACCGAGAGUGGAAGAGAGCAGUAUCGUAAACAAUGGUGGACAGAAAAGCGAGGGUGACAUCUUGGUCUAUGUGGAGGACAAAUGGAAAAGCAUUCAGACUCGACAGACUGAUGUAAGAAAAACGUUGUCCGACAAACAAACUCCAGGCGCAGGCAUGUAGACGGGCAGACUGGGCGUCAGUAGUGCGUCCAGGGGCCUCUACCUCGCUCUGUGUGGGGCUUACCAAAGCUUUUGUUCACCUCCGACCCCUGACCUGCCUCGACCUGAUAGCUCCCCUGUCACCAACUUAGCAUUUCCUGUGCAUCCCCUCUCCACUGGCUUUUGUUUUUUCACCAAGAUCAUCAUUAAAUCUUCAGCUCCAACCCCCACGCAGGCCAAUAUCUCCUCUUGCCUGCUCUUUGUUUUCUUGCUCUCUCUCUCAGUGCACAUGGCGUUCUUUGACCAGAGCUGCGGCCUGUGGGUUGGGUUCCCCUUGUGUCCUGAGAAAUCCUCAGCUUAGCCCAGGACCCGAUGCGUGUACGGAGGCCACCGGCAGUAACGUCUUGUUGACUUUGACUCCUCUUUUGUUCCCCGGCUCGCGUGUAUUUCUUGCAUUUCUUAAAGACACAGAGACGAACGAAAAGGCUGAUCGUCGAUAUCCCGUCCGACUUUGCGCACGAGUGAAAAGUCGAAGGCCAUGCGAUGGUCACAGCUUUCUCCGAGUACCAUCAGGCUGUAACCAAUCUCCAUUUAUUGAUAGGAACAGCACAGAGCUGCGCAGUGUGACACUAAUGGUACAGUUUUAUCUCAAAAGACAUAGAUUGACGGUACAUCUACUGAAAUAGGAUGAAGACAAACGGGUUCAGAGGGAAUUAAGGAAGGAGAUGAGACACUACUCCCAACAGGCCCAUUUGAAAGCAUUGAAGGACAAUGUUGCAGCUUUUUAUUUAGGUCCAAAUUUAAUUCCUCCCUUUACAUAUAGCCCCUCAAAAGAUUCAUGUCAGAGGUAGACAUGUUUUUUGAAUGGUGGUAACUUAGCCCGGAGCCAGCCUGGACCGGUUCAGAAUAAAAAGAGGUGUGGCCAAAGUCCUAACAACUUGGAAGCUGCUAAAAGCCAAUAGAGCGUACUUUGUGAGUGCGAUCUGAAGAGUGUUAAAAGGUAUUUUCUUUAUUUAUUUUUUUUUUAUCCUGUGUUUGGAGGAAUGCAAAGUUUGUUUACCUGCAGUACAUAUGUUGAUCCAAGUGACCCUCUCCGGCUGUCUUUUUCGCUUUGUACUCCCCUGUCUUCUCUUUGUCCUCAGGUUCACCGUGACAGCUGUAUUUUCAAUACAGCUGUUGUUGUUUGUAAGAUGAUAUAGUGACAUGCAUUUGCUUCCAAAACAUGAAUCAUCUUCUGAGCCAGGUUUUCUGGGAUGAAAACAAGUCUUUGUCUGUUCUUGGCGUGAGUUGUGCUAUAUUUACGUCUCAACAGUGCAAUUACCUUCGCUGGUGAAAGCCGUCCCGCUUGUCAUAAUAAUACACAAGACUAUAGCUUCAGUACUGGGCCCAACAGCGCUGUCCUGACCAUAAUGAGACGGCAAUGCUAUACUUAGGCAUGUUUGUUCAAAACAGAGCUUUACUAGCUCGCGUUGCUCACCAUCAGUAUGAAAAACGAUGUCAACAAAAGUUCAGGAUUUCUUGCAACUUGUUUGGGCUUUCUGAAAAUAGAGCUAGCGUUGUCUGCUCUCAUUCCACACUCGCGGUCCAGGCUUUAGUCUUGACCGACCUGUGGUCCACCUGUUGAAGGCUGUUUUUAGGGAAAGGCUGAAUAAAUAGAGGGAGAAGAAGAAGGGGUGGGGGUUUCAACAGGCAGAACGGGAAGGGGUUGAGCGGUGGCAGCAACUUAAUGCUAUUCAUUCUUGGUGAAUAAUGGCCAACAAAGACACUAUCAGCAUGUAUUCCCCUCACCCUGCUCCCCUCCACAGAACCUAUUGAACUGCUGCCAGACCCAACCAGUCUGUUUCUCAGCCCGAGAGCCAUCUUCCUGUCUCGUCUGAGUUGAGUUACGGCGGGCUCCCCACUCGUUGGACAAAUUUAUACCUACCAUCACUUGUCGAGGUAUUAACACAUCAGGUGGAGAUUGAAAGCAGUCGAAUAGCUAGUCGGAGUUUGGAGUCGGGUGCGUUUUCAGCGUUUUUACGCAACAGAGACAAAAUGGUAAACAAGUACAAAAUUGGGGAGGAUUUCUUCUUAAAGCUCCUGGUUUUAAACGCUUUUUAGACCCUGUCUUUGUUUUCUUUAGCUUUCUUUGCUGAAUGCAGAGGGAGGGGUUGGAGGAGGAGGAAAGGGGGGUUGCAAGAAUGUUUGAGUCACAGAAAAAGAGGGAUGAUAUGUGGGGCUUGACAGGGGAGGGUGGGACGAGGGAGGCACAGCGGUGGGAGGGGCCCUGAGGAAUGCCUGGAAGGUGUCGGGAGAAGUCUACAAGUGCUUUUGGACCGAUAAUCCUCCACAUCACAUUACAAUACCCUCACCCUACCACUCUGAUUUCAGCCCUGUUGUCUCUCCAUCUUCACACUCUCAAACGGAUGAGGAGGACUUGUGAGAAUCAGAACCUGAUGAGGGCCUGGUGGUGAUAGGUAACGGUCAGUCAGGAUCCAUAAAGUGUACUUACUUCUCUGCUGCUUUUAAAAUGUCACUCCUCCUUGGCACCUCCAGAGCCUUUUCUCACUCUCGCGUACCUAAGCAAGGCCUCAGGAGGCUUCCCCCCCACCAGUGUGGUUCAAGGGAUUUAUCAAACAACACAGCUUAGAUGUGCCAAAAGCUUUUGCUUUAUAGGCAGAACAGUGAAACGGCUCUCAUGGAUGCGAACGGACUCCUAGCGGGCCUCUGUGACUCAUGCUGGCUAAAAGCUACAGCAUUCUACACAGUGGUCUUUUGUUUGCAUGAUUUAAUUCAUCAAAUUAAUGCAAUUAAUCCAAGAUGUCUAUUUUUGGAGCAUCUGCUUUAUAUGAUGUGCUCACAUGGUUAUUAGGCGUGGUGACUGCGUGUCCUCAUUAGUCUGAUCAGAAUACAAUCUGACGUCAGAUGAAGGAAAAGUAAACACGAGGAUGAAGUAGAUGUUGUGAUUGUCGAUGGCCUGCUGCUGCUCAGUAGGAAGUAGAAUGUUCUUUUGAAACUGGAAUCAGGAUUUCUGUUGACUUUGUGUGACUGUCUUUUGAACUGCCACUGAAUUCUAACACAUGCAUUUGUUUUAGUAUUUAUUAUCCAAUGUCCUCAGCUCACUCAAGGAAAAUAAGCAAACAAAUUAAAGUACCAGUUAGAUGGUCAAAAAUGCUCCGACAUAAGUAGCCAUGGAUGCAUAACAAAUAACAAUUUGACCAGAAAGAUGUGUGAAUUUUGGGUUAAAUUGACAAAUGAUAAAUCUGCCGAUGUUGUCUUAUCACAGAUGGAGUGCCAAAGAUGUGUUUGAGUUGGUUUAGAAACCGUGACAUCAUAGUUUAUCCACCAGAAACUAGCGACAAGAACAUUUCUUAGCUGUAAAUUGUCCUGUGUUUAAAAACGCAUUCAUAUUUUUCUCAUAUAUUGAUAUCGUCUUCAAAAGGUGCUUAUAUAUCUUAAUUGACCAUCCCUGUACUUUCUAAAGACUUUUUCAUAGUUGUCAUUGAGCAAUCUUCCAGUAACAGCUGAUAACAGCAGGCGUUUACUUUGCUGUUUGCUUAUUUAUGGUUUUACUUCGCUUUAUCAUAUAUUCUGCUGGCUAAUAGGCUUUAAUAUGUAGCGAUUUACUCUAUCAAGGUCAAAAUACGCUUAGGAGAUCUGCUUGGUAUCGGGUUCAUUUUCACUGGCCAGUCUUUAGUUUCAGGUUUGGGGGGGGAGGGUAAGGGAGAAAGGGAGAAGAGGCUGAUAAUGGUUCAAAUGUAAGAUUUAGGGAUGAUAGAGAGAGGGAGGGGGGUCAAUAGAAAAAGAGCAGUCGGCUCAUGCUGAGAGGCUUCUACACAUUCUGCCUCAUCCAUUGGUCACGCAUGUCUUAGCUCUGUGUUUGUGUGUGUGGGAGCUGUGGAGAUACAAGGUUCAGGAUGGUGGCAUUGGUUUAUGAUCGAAUGUUGAGUACUGAUAAUUGACUAAGCUUUUGUUUUGUACAUGUGUCGCUCUCUGGACCGGGCUUGUCAGAUUUAGGUUGCUUCAUUCUCUGAUUUGCCCACAGGGCAUUGUCCAACUCAAACACAGACUCCCCAAUUGCACCUGGUCUGCCGGACUAUGACCUCAUUCCAGGAAAAGGAAGCAAAUCACCUGACAGACUUAUUUGUGUAAUCAGCUGUUCAUGUGACUGGAGGGCGGAUGUCUAAUGCCUCAGGCUGUAGAUCGUACAAACGGUAGACUCGUAUGUAAAUGCACACGCAUGCAAAGAGUUCAAGUUUAUUCCGCUCUUAUCGCAGUCUCACAAGCAGCCCCUGUGUUUCGUUGGAGAAUGGAGAAUGCAAAGGGAAUGAAUUGAUACAGAGUGAGGACGACAAAGUCGAAAACGAGCUUUCAACUACCUGAAAAAAGGGGAGGUACCUGAUCCGUCAGCGCGGCCAGAAAGGGUGGGGAGAACAAGAGUGAGAGAGGAGUGACUGGUGUUUCUGUGUGGGUGAGAGACAGAGAGGAGGAGGAGGAGGAGGAGGAGGUGGUGUAGACAGAGAGAGAGAGAGAGAGACACAGAGAGAGAGAGAGAUCCCAGUCUCUCAGAUCUGGGCUGUGGUGAGGACACCCAGGAGAAGUGCAUUCCUGAGGCAGCCAGCGAGGAGAAGGCGGAGAAGUCGCGACAUCCUUUAUAUCUCUGUGUGACCACGUCGGACUGCCUCUGACCUCAGGACUCUGGACUCGCACACUCCUCUCUCUCACACACACACACACACACACACACACACACACACACCCUCAUUCACUCGCUGCUGCCUCGCACACCAGCCGCACAACCGGCUCUGCUGCUCUUGUCAGAAGUAAAGGAUUUACCCCCCCCGAGUGAGGAAAAAGCGACGGAGAGAAUAAAAUACAGACGGAGGAAUUAAAGACACAGAAGAGAAGGAGACAAUCCCGUCACUCGAGUCCGUGCCAUGCAGUGUUGAGUUGAGCCAAGCCGAGCUGAAGUGAUCCGAUUUUUGAAGAGCAUCUUACCCGUCGCCUCCUCCUGCCUGGUCCCAGAUGGAGCUCAAAGUGUGGGUGGACGGAGUGGUGCGGGUGGUGUGCGGCCUGUCUGAGGAGACGUCCUGCCAGGAUGUGGUCAUCGCUCUGGCCCAGGCCAUUGGUCAGACAGGCCGUUAUGUUCUGAUCCAGCGUCUCAGGGAUACAGAAAGGCAGCUGUUGGCCACAGAGAAGCCUCUGGAGUCUCUGGCUAAGUUAGGCCAACAUGGAGGUGAAGUUCAGUUCUUCCUGCGCCGUACGGGCCCAAGCAGCAGUGACGGACCCAGCUUGAAACAGGACAGACCGAGCCCCCCUCCACUGCCCAAGCAUCCUGAGCCAGAGUAUUCCAAACGCAGCCAGCCUAAGAAAGCACUCACCUUUAACCUCGGGCCAUCCACCUCUCCUAGAACCAAAGCCGAACAGUUUAAGAGGCCUGCUCGGGACUCUCCAGAGCAAAGAGCCUCCCCCUCCCCCUCUCCCAGCCCUGUUUCCUCUCAUGUGCCAUCCCCAUCUCCAUCUCCAUCACCACCUAUAGGCCCAUCCAAAGAGGAGGUCUUCAGGAAGGUUUUUCAGCAACAGGAGAGACUGAAGGCCAUGGAGGCCCAGCUAGAAGCUCUAGAGAGGGAGUCGCAUUCCCGGGAGCGUCCCUACCCGUCUCCGUGUCCAUCACCAGUUUCUGACGCUCACUUGCAGGAAGAGAUGGACACUUUGGAGCUAGUAGUGCGGAGGAACCAGGCCGAACUGGCCCACGAGCACUACUGGGAGGAGGAGUUUCAGGUGGAGGUGGAGAGGGAGCGAGAAAUGCGUAAUAAGCUGGGGGAGCUCCACGCCAAGCUCGACGACUGCGGACGGCGGCUCCACGACUUCUCUGUUCGCGCUGCUCAGCUGGAGCAAGAGAUCCAGCGGGAAAGUCAGACGGAAUUGAAAGCCAACGGACCCGAGGAAUCCCUCGACACCUUGAAGGCGGAGCUCCUGAGCCGGGAGAAACACCGGACAGAGCUGAAGGAGCAGCUGUCUGAGACUGACAAGGCUCUGGGGAAAGCGGAGUCUCUGAUGCAGGCCAAGCAGGACGAACUGGAGGAGUUGAAUAAGGAGCUGAGGCAGUGUAACCUGCAGCAGUUUAUACAACAGACAGGUGUCCUGCCAGCGCACACCCACUCACGCACAGAGCUUCAGGAGCAACUGGAGCAGUUAGAGCUGGCACAUCUUCUGCACGACGGGUACAGGAAUCGAGGCCUCAGUGUAUCUCAAAUGGAAUCACCGCCUCGCCCCACUGCCAAACAGUUCCUGGGACAUCCACGCAACCUGCAAAACCCUCUAGUGUCCAGUCUCAACCCUGAGGUCCUGACAUCCCGAGAGUCGUCAUGGAGGUAAAACAUGGAUCGCAGGGCCAAAGGAAAGUUGUUCACUGUUCUGUCACCGUCACCUCUUAUUUAACCCCUUUCUUUGUAACUCUUUAAUCGACCAGGAUAUACAUACUGUAUAUACAUAAGACAAAUAUAUUUACGGACUUUUGCUACUGUAAACACUGCAAAGUAUCUGUAUGAAAUGUAAAUUAAUUUAGAAACCUUUUACCUAGAGCAAUUACUAUUACUGUAUAUUUAAAUAUAUAAUAAAAAUGUGCAUUGUGUUUUAGAUAA